AUGAGUCUUCAGAAGCAAACCCUUAGUGACUUCUUAAAGCAAAUCACUGGACGGCCAGUUGCGGUACAAUUAAAUUCUGGAGUGGACUAUCAAGAGGUCCUGGCUUGCCAGGAUGGCUGCAUGAAUAUAGUCCUGGAGCAGACAGAAGAAUAUGUAAAUGGACAACCAAAGAAUGAGUAUUGGGAAGCAUUUAUCUGCAGAAGCAAUGUACUGUACAUAAGCACACAGAGGAGAAGGAGAUGA